CACAACACAACACACAGUACUAGCAUUGCAGCACAUGUAGGUCCUGACCAGACCUGUCCUGCCCAGACCUCCUCCUUCCUCUCUACCAUCUUUCUUGCAUCAAUAGGUCUAAGGAAAAAGGCUGUAACUCCUCUGCCAAAGAAAAAGACCGCCCCAUUUCUCCUCAUUCUGUCCCCUCUUCUUUCCGCUUGCUGCAAUCAAUCUCUUUAUAAAUCUCCCCCAACUCCAAAUCUGAACCUCGCUUUUGGUUCAAUUCCAUUUCCGAGAAAAUAUGGCGGACAGAGAUGUCGAAUUAGGGCUUAGUUUGAGCCUCAGAAUGCCGGAGAACAACAAGACGCAGAAUCCUCCGCCGUCGGCGUCCGCGCCGGCGGUGGCGACGGCGGCUUCGCAGUUUCCUUUGAACUUUUUCAGGUCGCCUAUGCCGUAUCUGCAGCAGCUGAAUAGUAAAUCUUCAACCGCCGAUGCUUUCAAGGCUACUGCUGAUCGGAAUGCGGAGACUAGAUCGGUGUUCCGAGGAAUCGACGUGAACCGUGCGAUUCCGUUGAUCGAUGUCGACGAGGAAGCAAUGGUUUCGUCGCCGAACAGCACGGUGUCGAGUCUGAGCGGGAAGAGGAGCGAGAGGGAAGAGAACGACGGCGAGAGAGCCUCGAGUUCUCUGGAGAUCGACGACGACGGCGACGCGGCGGCGCGUAAGAAGCUCCGCCUCUCCAAGGAGCAGGCGGCGGUGCUCGAAGAGACCUUCAAGGAGCAGAACACGCUGAAUCCGAAGCAAAAAAUGGCGCUGGCGAGACAACUGAAUCUGAGGCCCAGGCAGGUGGAGGUCUGGUUCCAAAACAGAAGGGCUAGGACAAAGCUGAAGCAAACGGAGGUCGACUGCGAGUAUCUCCGGCGGUGCUGCGAGAAUCUGACGGAGGAGAAUCGGCGUCUGCAGAAGGAGGUGUCGGAGCUCCGGGCCUUGAAGAUGUCGCCGCAGUUUUACAUGAACAUGAGCCCUCCGACAACCUUAACCAUGUGUCCCCAGUGCGAGCGUGUGGCGGUCUCCUCGUCUUCCACGGCGACCGCCGCCGCCGUUAACGGCGGUCGCCAGUCAUCGUCUCACCUCCACCUCCACCACCACCAGCAGCGGCCGGCGGGAGUUCCCGCCAAUUCGUGGGCGGCGGUGGACCCCCUCCGGCCGGCCAGGUCCUGAAGGGAGGUGGUUGGUGAGGGUAUUUUGUGUAAUUCACAGUGGUGUCUUAUAUGGUUUUGUUGAUGAUGAAAAAAACAACUAAAGGAGGGCUUGUAAAGUGGUGUGUAGGUGUUUCUUAAUUUCUUGUAUUGUUUGUGUUGAUAGAGAAUCAUCUCAUCUCUCUCAUCUCAUCACUAGGGACUGACUGACUGAUCAAUCCAUCAUGAAUAUAUGAUGAUAUAUAUAUCUAUAUAUAAUCUGACAUGUCUUGGAUCAUUUUCUGCUCUGAUUAAUUUGUGAAUUAUAAGAUCCAAUGGAGAUAUAUAUCAUUUUUUUUAUUA